CAAACACGGUGUCCUGGAGGGUUUCGCCUUUGCUUACAAUUUAGUGACUAACGGUGGUUGCUCAAUGUAAUCAGUCCAUUAUAAAUAGACACUGCAUUCAAAGUAUCACACCCGAUAUUGUACGUGGGACACAUCGAUCUUCUCCGCCUAGAUGACCCAAAAACUGCUCCUCGUCGCCGUGCUAUCGGCGUUCCUUCUCUACGGAGUGGAAAGCUUUAAGUUACACAAAAGAGAGGCUGAAGAGUCGAGCUACCUGUCAUCUGCCACUGAUUUCUUCAAGGGGGUCUGGGACACAGCAAGUGAAAGAACCGCAGGAAUGAUUGACACAGUUAAGUCAUGGGACAUUGAAGAAAAAGUCAAGAAAAUGUACUCUGAGAGCGUGGGUGCAUUUGGCACCUAUGUGGAUAUUACAAGGGAUCAGCUCUUCCACAUGUGGAAUCCUCAGUGAGUCAGCGUGACAGUUUUUCUCCUGCGCCCUUAAGCUGUCAUUUCCUUCCCAACUUUGGUUCCCUUUGAUAGAAGUGCAGUACAGUGUACUGCAAUAUUUUAAAAUGUUAAUGUUUUUCAAUAAACUUUGGACUUUUUAGAAA